GUACUCUGUUUCCACCUGGGCAUGACAGACUCCUUCAUCUGGGACUACAAGACUCCACAACAACGCAUCACUAAAGAAGAGGAGACCUAUUCUUUGCUUCAAGAAAUUCACCAUGAAUUCAUUAAGAAUAAUAAAGUUCGGCAGUUUAGUCAUCAGUGGGAUGUUGGAGACUUCAUCAUAUCAGAUAACCUCUCUGUGGGACAUGAAGCAGCUCCUGAAACUCAGCUCCCAAGAAGUCAAGUAGGCCUAAGGGUCCUCCACCGUGUUACAACCAAAGGGCAUUAUCCUCCAGCUAAAGAGUAUGAUUAUCGUAAAGAACUUGGAAAUUGAUCACUUUGGGAACUCGUAUGCUUUUAAUUAUUUGUAUUACAUAUAUCACAUCAGCAUGGCCAUGUUACCUUUCUGAAGCACAUGUAAUAGGCUUAGCUUGUAUUAGUGAGAAUACAGUUUGUAUUAUGGAAAUGCAGGUAGUUACUGAAAAUGUUGUGGAAAGCUUCAUUAAAUUAUAUAAGCAAACAUGUAUUUCCAAGUUAUGAAAUGUGCAUGCCUUACACCCAUACUUCUAAGAUUAGAUAUUUAAUAAAGUACUAAUAAGCAUUCA